AGGCUGGAAUCAGGUCGGUGUAAUGGCAAGAGAAAGGAGAAGCCAAGUGCAGGAGUGAUUUCAAAGCUAGCCGAGCAGUGCUAGGCGCCCACAAUACAGGGGCAAAGGAUGUGGUUGGACUGAAUACUUUAAAAAAAAAAAAAAAAAAGAUGUGAUGGGUGUCAGAGUAAAAUAGCUGACCAUUUGAACUGUGUUUCUCACAGCUCAUUAAGGAGACUUCUGUCCCAGGUUCAAGUCAAGAAGGAUUUUUUUUUUCCCUAAGCCAGUAAGAAAUGAAUUUUAGGCCAGUGAAUUCCAGCUGCUUUGGAUUAUUUUACUGUGUGGAGAGACAAAGUUCAUCACCCUCCAGCGAGGUAAACAAGCUGAGAGCCCCCAAGGCACUAGGAUCCACGGGAAAUUAGUGUGCGCUGGAAUUUAGAGCCAUUUCCUGACUUAAAGGUGUCUUUUAAUCAGAAGUUCAGGAUGUAGGCAGAAUCUGAAACUCUCAGACUCAGGCAAGAGAGAGAUAAGGGGCCAGGGAUCCCAGAGGGUCCAUCAUUAAAGCAGGUGUGACCUGACCUGCGGUCCUCCUGCACUGGCCUCGAAUGUGUCCCCUGCUCCUAAAUAGAAACCGUAUCUACCUGGGAACCAGGGCGCAGCAAAUCCUUUGCACUUAGAAACAACACAUUUUCCCAGUGGAUUGUGGUGCCUACGAGAAGCGUUUCCCUUUCUCUCUACCCAGCUCCCUUCUGCCUCGCCUCCACCACCCCAAAUCUAGCCGAGCAGGUGACACGGAGGCCCGGCGGGCACCAGCACAGUCUGAAAGCUGCCAGGUUUCAAAGUGGAAGGAAGAACCGACUGCAAAAACUAUGCUUCCAGUUUAUCAGAAUAAUAAUAACUCAUUACAUUUCCUGUUCUCUGUGGAGAGUGCAAGGGCCACUUCCUCCCGCCACCAGAAAUUUGAAGACUUUCCAUUAAAAAUGAGGAAGAAAAACUCUCUUAACUCUUCGUGAAUGUGAUGGUUAAACCUGGCAAGUGGGCAGGGAGGCCUGCGGUGGUGCAUAAAUCCUACUGGCCGCGCAGGGUUUGGCCCGCGUGGGUUCCCAUGACACCCCUGAGUUGGAAAACCAACCACUUCCCCAAGGUGACUUUUCAGAUCACCCCUCCGUGUACCCGUGAGAGGCAUUAUGAGCAUUUUGGACGAUGCUGUAACAAGUGUGAGCCUGGAAAGUACAUGUCUUCUAAAUGCACUACUACCUCGGAAAGUGUAUGCUUGCCCUGUGGCCCCGAUGAAUACUUAGACACCUGGAAUGAGGAAGAUAAGUGUCUGCUGCAUAAGGUUUGUGACACAGGCAAGGCCCUGGUGGCGGUGGAGCCCGGCAACCGGACGGCCCCGCGGCGCUGCGCCUGCACCGCCGGCUACCACUGGAGCGCCGACUGCGACUGCUGCCGCCGCAACGCGGAGUGCGCCCCGGGCUUCGGCGCUCAGCUCCCGGUGCAGCUCAACAAGGACACGAUUUGCAAGCCCUGCCUGGUAGGCUACUUCUCCGACACCUUUUCGUCCACCGAGAAAUGCAAACCCUGGACCAACUGUAGCGUUCUUGGAGAGACAGAAGCACAUCACGGGACUGAUAAGUCAGAUGUGGUCUGUAGUUCUUCUCUGCCAUCUGCAAAGCCACCAAGAGAGCCCCUGAUUUACUUGCCCAGUUUAAUUAUUCUGCUUCUCUUCAUCUCCGUGGCUUUGGUUGCUGCUGUCAUCUUUGGUGUUUACUAUAAGAAAAAAGGGAAAGCACUAACAGCUAAUCUGUGGCACUGGGUCAAUGAGGCUUGCGGCCGCCUAAGUGGAAAUAAGCAGGAGUCCUCAGGCAACAAUUUCAGCAGCACUCCUAGGGAGGCCUCUAGUCAGCAUGAAAUUUGUGAUGGUGUCUUACUGCUGACUCUGGAAGAGAAGAUGUUCUCUGAAGAUCUGUGCUGUCCCGACAGUGGCGGUCUCUGUGCAUCGGCGUGUGCAGGCGGCGGGCCUGGUGCACAAGGCCAGGAGGCUGGGAUGCUCUCCCUGGUCAGCGAGAUAGAGGGGGACCCCUUCCGGCAGAUUCCCAUGGAAGACGAGUAUGUGGACAGGCCCUCCCAGACCCCAGACUCUUCUUCGCCGUUCCUCACCCAGCCUGGGAGCAAGUCCACCCCGCCUUUCCCCGAGCCCCUGGAGGUGGGGGAGAAUGACAGUUUAAGCCAGUGCUUCACUGGGACAGACUGCCUGGCCGAUUCUGAGAGCGGCCACUUCGCAGAGCCCCUGGGCAGGACUGACUGGACUCCCGUGGCCUCUGAAAAGUACUUGCAAAAAGAAGUGGAGGGCGGCCACUGCCCGCCCUGGGCAGCCAGCGCCAGCUCGGCCGAUGGCUGUGCAAACUGCGGAAACCCGGCCGGGGAGGCCCGGCACCCCCUCCUGGCUUCGGCGAGCAGCGGCCCCUGGCCCCAGUGCGCCUACGGCAUGGGCCUCCCGCCCGAGGACGCCGCGGACGGGGCGGACCAGCCCGCCGACGGGGCGGACGCCCGGCUUCCCGGAGCCGCGAGGGGAGGCCCCGGGUCCGGAAGCGCCCCCGGUGACCCGCCGCCUGCCUCUGGAAAUGUGACUGGAAACAGUAACUCCACGUUUAUUUCCAGCGGGCAGGUGAUGAACUUCAAGGGCGACAUCAUCGUGGUCUACGUCAGCCAGAACUCCCAGGAGGGCCCGGCGGGGCCGGGCAGCGGCGCGGGGGAGCCGGUGGGCCACCCGGUGCAGGAGGAGAGCUCGCCGCGCUGCGACUCGUUCGCCGGCCUCGGUCCGCGCUUUCCCGACCCGUGUGCGGGCCUGGACGCGCGCCCGAGCGGGGGGCUGCAGGAGCGCGGCGCCCCGGGGCCCGACAAGGCCUCGCGGCCGGUGCAGGAGCAGGGGGAGGCCGAGACCGGCGCGGCAGGGGCGCGGCGCUGAGCACCCGGGGACCCGCAGCGGCUCUCGGCGCCCCUCAGAGCCGCCUUGCCUGGGGGUGAGCGCCGACCUCCGGCCCUCCGGCCCGUCCUCUGUGGGCACCGCAGGGGCCGCGUCCUGGAGCCACGCGCACCUGCCCUGCGCGCGGACGGGGGCCGGCCGGGAGUGGGGGCGGGGCCCUCGCACCUGCGCCGGGGCGGGGCCUGGGGGGC